GCGCUGUCCGCGGUGCUGAACGGCGGCGGCGGCGGCGGGGACGCGGGGCCGGCAGCCAGCAGCCCUCGGGGAGCGCCAGCGCGGCCGCCCAUGCCGGUCCCCGAGCCCCGCGGAGGAGGCGGGACCGUCCGCGGCGGGACAGCCUCCGCCGGCAGUCUGGUGUGAUACAAGUUGGUCGGUUGCAGCUGGAAGAGGAAGCCCCAGUCCUAUUGUUCUGUUCCCACUAGAAUUAUGGAGUCAAAUGAGCAGUUGGAACAGUUCGGUCCCUGGCACGUGGUAAAAGCUCAAAAAGUGUUCUGUGAGAAUUGCUCUGCUGGACCAGGUUCCACUCAGCAGCUGUACCCAGAACCAUGGAGAGCUUGAGUGAACUACAGAACCCACUGCUGCCCAGGGGGCCUGGCCCCCUCCAUGGUCCCUACUCCUACCCCGAGGCCCCACCCAGCUGGUCCUGCCAGGAGAAACUGUACUCCUACCUCCUGGGUGGUGCUGGCCCUGCUCACGCCCACCAGCUCCUGGACCCAGGGUCCCUGCAGCUGGCCGUGGAAGCCUGGUACCGGCCCAGCUGCCUACUGGGGAGGGACAAGGUCAGGGAGCCCAGGGCAGGCAGCUGUGAGACCAGUUUCAUGGAGGCCAGGGAGCCCCUGGCAGGACCCACAGAGCAGCGCACAGAACCUAGCCAAGCUGAGGAGGAUGUCACCAUCCAGACUGUGUCCUAUGGUGUUCAAGAGGAGCUGCAGGACCAGGAGGAUGACCAGGAGGAGGAGAGCGAUGGGACAUCCACAGAAAGUGAAAGUGAAGACAACUUCCUCACGCUGCCCCCCAGGGACCACCUAGGACUCACCCUCUUCUCCAUGCUCUGCUGCUUCUGGCCACUGGGCAUCGCUGCCUUCUACUUCUCCCAGGGGACCAGCAAAGCCAUCUCCAAAGGGGACUUCCGCCUGGCCAACACCACCUCCCGCAGGGCCCUCUUCCUGGCCACGCUCUCCAUCGCCGUGGGGGCUGGUCUCUACGUGGCCGUGGUAGUGGCUCUAGCAGCUUACAUGUCCCAGAAUGGCCAUGGCUAGCAGUCACCAGUAGGGCCUGCAUCUUGAUUCCUCUUGCCUACAUGAGGAACCAGGCGGGCUCAGGACUCCACGGAGAGUUCUGGGCCUCGGAAAAAACCCACAGGAGAGGUUUGUUGGGAUGGGGGUUCCCCGUCUGCAGCCUGCAGAGCUCAGCCUUCCUUUCUUCUCACUAGCACAGACCACGGGCACCACUCUCAGCCCAGGCUACAGAGGAGAAGCAGGAGAGAUAGGGUUGCCCACCAGGUCACCCCACAGGGCCUAAUCCAGCCUGUUCAGCCCAUUCCUCACAGGAACUCCCACCUGCCCUGUCGGCAGCCCACUAUUCACUCUCUCAACAGAGAAAGAACAGGAAGUUCCAGGGAAAGAGAGGGGCGCCAGGAACAGGGGACUUGCCCCAGCCCUUUCACCCACAGGGGUCUUCACCUGGGCACAGCCUGAAUGGCUCAACUCUACUCUCUGCUCCUAACGCACAAGGUGCCCAAAUCCAGCCAGUUGGGAAGGCAAUAAGUAGAGACACAGGCACCCCCAUUCCUCAUGAUUCUAGGGGCUACUCAUCUCCCUGCAGGUGGGUAGAUCCUGGCUGGAGAAGAGAAGUCUCUGAAUGUAAACUCUGCACCCAGGCUGGGGAUUUAGCUCAGCGGUGUAAGCGCCUGCCUGGCAAGCACGCAGUCAUGAGUUCGACCCCCGGUACAAAAACAAAACAAAACAAAAAAACCCUCUGCAUCUAGGAGGGCAGGCUCCUGGAGCUCCCCUGGUAGGAAUAAAGGGUAGAGAGGAUGACGGAGGCUGGAGGGCCCUGAAAUACUGCUGGGCUGCAUGGGCCUCCUCACUCUGCCACUGUCCCCUGCCCUCACAUCCUUUCUGGGCUCCUCCUAGGAGCUCUAAACUGGUGCCCCCGACCCAGGAGACUGAGCAUGCUAGGUGUCUCCCAGCCACUGAACAGGCGCAGGGCCCUAGGUCCAGGCCUGUGGGAAAGGCAGUGAACAGAUCCCUGUGAGGAGUGAGUUUAAAUGAGGGGAGGGAUACAGGCAGCAUGGGCUGCCUCCUAGAGGAGGUAUCCCCCCAUUGAGCCUAGAAGAACGAGUAAAAUCCACCUAGGGGAUUGGUUUCCACACAACCUCAUCUGUUGGUGUGCAGAGCAUCAGGCCUCCCAGCGGGCAUUCCAAGCUGUUGGGAUUCUGCCUGGAGCAACAGGAUGGGGCAAAACUGUAACCAUUUCUGAGGGCUCCACGGAAAGGAAGAAGGUCGAGCCUAUGUCUCAAAGACCAGUAGUUUUCGAUCCUGAAUGCUUGGGAAUUGGUGGUGGCACCAGCCCUGGAGCUCCUCCACUCAGGUCUGCUCGCUGCUCCACAGCCUCAAGCCAACAGGCAGAACUGUAGGGACAUCAGACAGGCAGCAGUUGGGAAGGCAAGCAUGUCGGGGCCCAUGCACAGGACCCCAUUGUGCAUGAUUGGGGCACCUGGUCAUUCCCAUACCCCACCCAGAGAGGGCUAUGGCUCCCCACAGGCCAUGCCUCGCCCAUGCCCUCCCCCACCUCCAGCAUUGCCCAAUCCUCCACUUCCCGCAUCACUGGCACUUUUAAUGCCCCCUUGUUGUAUUUAUGUAUCCUGAUAAUAAACUUUUCUGUAACA